AUGGCCCCGGAUUAUCCGGAAUGUCCAGAGCAGGCUGCACUGAACGUUCCUUGGGGCCCCGGAUUAUCCGGAAUGUCCAGAGCAGGCUGCACUGAACGUUCCUGUAAACAAAUGAAAAAGGUCAAGUUUGAUCAAUCUCUCCUGAUAUGACUUGAUGGUUCCCCUUUCACUUGUAAAGUGGACAAUUUUGGCGUCCUUGAAGUCUUGGGGAACUUUUCCCUGUCGCCAUUUCUCUUGGAACAGGGUGGUGAGGUGGAUUAUGAGUUGGUGACCACCGUAUUUGUAGAUCUCCCCAUGGAUCCCGUCGGAUUUUCGAAUGAAAGUUACGUAAGCAUGUAA